AUGGCGGCUCCCACUACCAUCACGAAGCUCCCUGAGGUGCUCCGCAGUCCUACCUCCCUCCAAUAUCUUGCGUACAGACACCCGGUCAAACAUUCAAAUCCAUACUUCAAGCCUAGAUUCACCUUUAAGCUCGAAGAUAGGAAACACACUUUGCUAGACAUUUACCGUUUGCGACAUACAGACCCCUUGAUGCCACCCUACCCUUACGGCGAGAACAAGCAUUUUCCUGAAGCAAAUUUCGGUCUCUAUGGUGGCGCCACGGUGCAAUCUGGAAGCAAGAUCUCCAAGGGCAGGAAUAAGGGAAAGUCUUUGCGGCAUUGGUUCCCCAAUGUUCGGGUCGAGACUGUAAGAAGUGAGGCUUUGAACAGAGAGCUGAAGAUACCCAUUACUGCCCGAGUCAUGAGGACCAUCAGCAAGUGUGGUGGCAUAGAUCAAUAUGUCACUGGGAUGAAGCCCGCUCGGAUAAAGGAAUUGGGCAUGCUGGGUUGGAAGCUUCGGUGGCUGGUCAUGACAUCUCCCAAAUAUCGGGCAGAGCACGCCAAACAGUUGCAAAAAUACAACCUGCCCGAACACUACUCCUUGUCAGGCUCCUUCGAGGAUGCAUGGAACGACGAGAAAGUCCGAGCCAAAAUGAUUGCACAGCAAGAAGCUGCGUGGAAUGAUCUACGAGAAGCCGCCGACCGCUUCGAAAAGCAUGUGAAAAGGAACUGGAUCGAGAGCGGAGAGAAAGAGACCUACCAGAUUCCUAAGCUGGAGACUCUCGAUCGGAACAGUCCGCUCUCGUUAGGCCUGCCAGAGCACCUGGAGGAGCCGGAUAUCGUGGAGAAAAAGUACAGGCACCUCAGGACUUUCAAAAAGCCUGUCGGAGACGAUGUUCAGGUGAGAUCACCAGAGCCUGCGCCUCUAGAAAGUAGCGAUAUGAUCACCCGCCGCGGAUCAGAGGCAUUUACAAUGGCGACUGAGGGAGCCAACCCCGAGGACGCCGAGAGACAUGUGGACAGGCUCGCCUCGACCCAAGAGCCCCAGGACCUCGGAAGGAACUCUCUAGAAGACGAUACCCCAAGUGGACAGCACUUUGACACGGGGAGAGAGGAGGCGACAACAUCCGAACACCAGCACUCAAAGACGAGUUCGGAACGUGAAAGAUGA